AUGGGUUUGAAAGGAUUUCUCGAGGGAGGCGUGGCUUCCAUCGUCGCCGGCUGCUCCACCCACCCAAUCGACCUAAUCAAGGUCCGGAUGCAGCUCCAGGGCGAAUCCUCUGCCUCCGCAACCGCCCUCCGACCAGCCCUCGCCUUUCCUCACCACCACCACGGGACCUCAAUUCACAUCCCCGCGCCGCCCCGCGUCGGCCCAAUUGCGGUCGGCGCUCGAAUCGUCCAGCAGGAAGGCGUCAAGGCCCUGUUCUCCGGCGUCUCCGCCACCGUCCUCCGGCAGACCCUCUACUCCACUACCCGGAUGGGCAUCUACGACAUCCUCAAGCAGAAAUGGACCGACCCUUCAACCAAAAUCAUGCCGCUCCCCAAAAAGAUCUCCGCCGGCCUGAUCGCCGGCGCGAUCGGCGCCGCCGUGGGAAACCCCGCCGACCUCGCCAUGGUGCGGAUGCAGGCCGACGGCCGCCUCCCGGCGGCGCAGCGGCGGAACUACACCAGCGUUGUGGACGCGAUCGCGCGGAUGUCGCGGCAGGAAGGGAUCGGGAGCCUGUGGCGCGGGUCGGCGAUGACGGUGAACAGGGCAAUGCUGGUGACGGCGUCGCAAUUGGCGUCGUACGACCAGUUCAAGGAGACGAUUCUGGAGAAAGGGGUGAUGGGAGACGGGCUGGGGACCCACGUGACGGCGAGCUUCGCGGCGGGGUUCGUGGCGGCGGUGGUUUCGAACCCGGUGGAUGUGAUCAAGACGCGGGUGAUGAACAUGAAGGUGGAUGCAGGGAAGGCGGCGCCGUACGCCGGCGCGCUGGAUUGCGCGAUCAAGACGGUGAGGGCGGAGGGCCCCAUGGCGCUCUACAAAGGGUUUGUUCCGACGAUUUCGCGGCAGGGUCCGUUCACGGUGGUGCUUUUCGUGACGCUGGAACAGGUCCGGAAGCUGUUCAAGGAUCUCUGA